AUGACUGACGUUUUCAAAAUUCCUUCGGUUCCAAAAGAAGAGGUCAAAUCAGAUGAUAAUCUUACUAUACCUGAACCAAGUGUCGAAAAUAAGGAACAGUCUCAUGCACCGUUUCUCAAACCAGAACUACCAUCCGCUAAUUUUACAGCACCAAUUCGUCAUAAAAAUCUACAAUAUACUGUGCCUGAAUCAUCUGCUCUGCCACCUGUAGAACUCACUCUGGAAGUAUUACGUAACGGGGCCAUCAUUGAUUAUGUUCCUCUUUCUAAUCGUCCAUAUACAGUUUUUGGUCGUGCACCAGAUAGUGAUGUUGUACUUGAACAUCCGACUGUAUCACGUUAUCAUGCUAUUAUUCAAUACAAAUCUGAAUUCGAACACGGUCAAUCGCCUGGUCUUUAUUUGUAUGAUUGUGGCAGUACUCAUGGGACAUUUGUUAAUAAAAAGCGUUUGGAAUCAAAAGUCUAUGUACGAAUUAAGAUCGGUUAUCUCAUUAAAUUCGGACAAUCAACAAGACUUUAUAUUGUUCAAGGUGAUUCUUCAGAAGAAGCUGAUGUGAUCAAUGCAUCGACCGGCGAUGAUGUGACACAUGAGCAAAUGAAACAAUUUCAUGCUAAACGAGCAAAAAUGUUGGCAUCUGUUCGAGCCAAACGUGAAAAUGCUAUCAAUGAAGCUAGUGAUAUUAACGUUGAAAUGGAUUGGGGUAUGGGACCCGAAAUGGAUGAAUCAGCUUCUGAUAAUGCUGUAGUAUCUAGUAAAACUAUUGAAGAAUCUCAAACUAAGAGAAAUGACGAAGAAAACCAGAAAAAAGCGGCAAAUGAUGAUCUGAAAAAUCGAAUUGCAUAUCAACAAGCUAAGAAUGACAAGGAAGUUCUUAAAGAAAUCAUGUCUCGAGUUGAUUUACCAGCUGAGGAUGAUGAUGGUGAAGAAACGAAGAAAGAACCAUUCUAUCUGAAAGAUCCCAAACGUGCAUUAACAACAUUUUUUGAACGUGAAGGAGCUGAACUGAUCUAUGAUGUUGAAGAUCAUCAAUUCGGUUCAUAUAAAUGUACAAUUAAAUUACCGAUCGUGGAUGAAUGCGGACGCGCCGUACAAGCCGAAUGUGAGAAAAAACAUUGUAAACGGAAAGAAAUCAUUCAAGAAUGUAUACUGGAAGCUUGCCGUAUUCUCGAUGAGCAAGGUGUUUUACGUGAAGGUACAUCAGCAUCGUCAAUGUAUACACCGCGUGCACAACAAGUCAAACGACAACUAUUGGAAGAAAACGAUUUUUAUGAAGAAGACGAAGACACAUUUUAUGAUCGAACCGGUGAUUUAGAAAAGAAACGUCUUAAACGUAUGGAAUGGUCUGGACACUUGAGCAAUGAAAAACAAGUUGAAACAUUCGAUUCACUGUGUCUAAAAUUAACCAAUCUGUACAAGGAGCAAGUCGAUCUUGAACAGAAAUUAGAGACAGCAAAACAAAUGGAAGAAGAUGCCGCGAAAUCUGCUGCGAAAAUGGAAAAAGAAGUAGAUGAACUUGACUUAUACAUUCGUCAAUUGAAACAAGGAGAAAAGUUAAAUAUGAAAGUAAGAUUUCAGUGGAGAAAACGUUUACUAGAAAUUGAAAAUGAAGAAAGACAAUACGCAAAAUUAUUGAAAGUAUGCAAACCCAAAGAUUUUAAUAUUCAAACAUGGAGAGCUAAAAUACGAGAAGAAGCUAAACAGAUGUUAACCACUAAGCGAACUGCCGUUCGAUCGACACCACCACCGCUACCUCUUCCUCCGAAACCAGUCGAUGAAAUAAAACCAUCGAGUCAGACAGAGCAAAUGCCACCUCCACUACCACCACCUCCACCACUCUCAACAUCAUCAGUAUCUAUACCUGCUACAUCUGUAUCGCCGAAAACUCCAAAUGUUAAUCCAGCUACAGUCAAACCAGUAACAACAGUUCGUCGAAAAUCUGGACGUUCGUCUACGAACUCCAAAGAUCAACACGAUGAUAGCGAACAUUACUCUGAGGAGAAGUUUGCCGAAUGGAUGCCACCUGAAAAUGAACAAACAGGAGAUGGAAGGACAGCAUUAAAUGAUAAAUAUGGUUAUUAA